AUGGUGGCCGCAGCAUCCUUGAAGUUGCAGCCUUUGACACUAGAGGAUAACCUCGCCAUUACAGAACUAUGGUUUGCAGCCUUCACAGACCCAGAACUCCGCCGGGUCUUUCCCCAACACUCCCGGCACGCAAACUACCACGACCUAACCCACAAACCGUUCCAAAAAUACAUCAAAGUAGUCGAUCCCACAUUGAUAGAUCGAAAUGGUCGUCCCCGUAUUGUCGCCUACGCAAAAUGGGAUACUUCUAUGCCUGAAGAGCGCGGCCGUCGCUAUCCACCCUGGCACGAAGAAAUGCCCGCGUCUCUGUGCGAAGGCUUUUUUCAGAUGGAAGAGGAUAAUAGAAGGCGUGUUAUGGGCGAGAUAAGGCAUUACUAUCUGGAUACUGUUGCAACACAUCCGGAUUAUCAGCGCUGUGGUGCAGGGUCUAUGCUUGUCAAGUGGGGUUGUGACCUUGCUGACUCUCAGGGUGUUUCGGCUUAUGUUGAUGCAAGCAAGGACGGUGCGCCACUUUAUUCUAAGUUUGGGUUUGUGGAUUAUAGCAUGCCGGGUGAAGGCAUUGCUUCAAUGGCGCGGAUAGCGAGCAAACAGGCAUAA